AUGACAAUUGAUGUUUAUACAGGCUUUUAAUAAAUUAUAACUUCUUUUGUAAACUCUAUAGAAUAUCAAGAAAUCAAAGUAUAUGACUAGCUAAUAAUUCUUUAGAAUAAUAACUAAAUUAUUUUAAUAAACACUACCACAAAUGAAAAAUUUAUCAAAGACUAUCCCAAGCAGUUUAUUAAAAAUGCUAAAUUCAUAAAAAAUGAUAAACUAAUAUAUUUAUAUGGUAACUUCUUCCAAAUUUUGGAUACUCAACUCAAUGUAGUUUAAGAUAUUUCAAUUGAUAAUCAAUAAUAGAAAGAUUUAGACUGUACAGAUUUUAAACUUCAAAUUGUAUGCAUUAAUAUAUUUAUUUCUGAUUUUAAAGAAAUAUUAGUGUAUAAUAAAAUUUAAAAUAUCUUAAAAACAAUAAAAAUUGAUAAUACUAAUAAAAUUCAAUAUAUUUUUGAUGAAAUAUAUGAAAAUAUUUUUAUCUAUCAGAAUGAAAAGAAUACACCAAAUCAAGUUAGAAUAUACAGCUCUAUUGGAGUUUUGAAAUAGACUAUUUAAAAAAAAGUUAGUGAUUGUAUGAUAUUUACAAUUAAAAUUGUGUGCAAAUUAGAAAUAGGUUUAAUUUUAAUAGACAGGGCCAAUUUAACCUUCAAUUAAGUUUUGACUGAAGAAGAUGAUCUUGUUAAAAUAAUAAAGUUUAUUUAUAUUGGUCACUUAAAUUAUUUACUAUUAUAAAAUGAUGAUGACCUCUCAAUUAUCUAGAUAUAUGGUGUUUCUGAAGGAAAAAUUAUAAAUUAAAUUAAAGUUAACUAAAAUUAACUAAAAAAUAAUAACAUUACUUAUUUUUAGUUUGAUGAAAGUUAAAGUAGAUAUGUAAUGCUUAUUGAUAGCCAAGGAACAUUUUAUAUUUCUUCAAUAGAUAGUAAUUUACCUUUUCAAAACUUUGUUAAUGUAUGCUAUAGUUGUGAUUUAACUUUAUUUGAAUUCAUUAGCUAUGAUAGUUUAUCUAACAAUAUUUAUCUAAGAUAUAGUGAUUCUGUAUUCUAACUAGAUUAUAGUUCGUUAGGUUUAGAACGUGAACCCUUUCUAAUUGAGCCAUUCAGUUUAUUUACCUAAAUAUAGAUUAAUAAAUUAUAGACUGAUUACUUGAUAUUGGCCAAAGAUAAUAUAGUUUUUAGAUAUUCAUAAAAUAAAUUAAAAUUUGAGUUAUCAAUUCUAAAAUCAGAUCUCUUAGAUAUAAAAUACAAUUAAAGUAGUGAUGUAUUUAUAUUAGCUUUUGAAGACUCUCUUUUUUUCUAUCAAUAGUAUUAAUCAAGAAUAAAUAAUAACUUAAAAUCUGUUAUUUACUAACUAGAAAUGAUCAAUUUUUAGUAGUUUAUAAUUGAUAAUGUUGUAAUUACUUUUGAUCAAAAGAUUUUGCAUUUAGAUAUAUUAACAGGUUCUAUCAUUAAAAUAAUUAAUUUUAAUAUAACUUAAAUAGUAACUUCAUUCAAAGUAAAUGAUAAUAAAGAUUUAAUAAUUGUAGGAUUUAGUGAUGGUUAACUUCUUUAAUACAACUUAACAGACUAAGUGUUAUUCUUAUACAACACCUCUUAAAAGAGUCCUAUUAACAUUUCAAUUAUAACAAUUUAACUAAUUGAAAUAUCUGCUACUUAAUAAUUUGCUUAUGCUGCUUCAAAUGGAGGACUUCUUUUUUAAAUCGACACAUUGAAUAAAAAAAUUAUUUCAUAAAUAGACCUAAAAGUUCUAGUUACAGAAGAUCCUAACAUAAGUUUAUCAUAAUUCUUAAUUGAUCAGACUUAUAAAAGAUAUAUAUUUUGUUUUAAUAAGUAGAAAAAAGCAUAUGUUUAUAAUUACAAUAAUAAUUAAUAAGAACUGAGUUUGCCUCUUCCUAAAAAAUACUCUACUUUAGGAAUAAUCCAAAAUUUCUUAUUUAUCUAGUGUAUCUUUUAAAUUAACUUCUAUAGACUUAGUGCUAAAAUUGAAUUUGUAUCAUUAAUCAAAAAAGAUUUUAUUUAAGACAUUAUUAUAGAUUUCAAGCUAAUUGAAAAUAAUAUUUUAGCACUAUUUUUAAUAGAUAGAUUUGAACUUUUUAUUGCUAAUGGAGACAAAUUCAAUAUGAUAGCUUAAAUUAACUCUUAGUAUCCUCGAAUCUUAAGCUCUUAACUUGAUUCUGAAAAAAAUACAUUCCAUAUUUUAGUCCUACAUAAAAGUGGAAUUUUUGAAAAUAGCUAUAAUUUAAAUAUUUACAAGUCAGAAACUAUAUCUGAAUGCUCUUUUUUUAUCUCAAUUAGAAACAAUAGAGCAUUGAUUGGAGGAGGAUUAAGGAUUGUUUAAGAUGAUCAAAGUACACUAACUUUACCUUAAAAUUUUCCAUUCUAUGAAAAUGUAUUUGAUAACCAGGCAGAAAUUUAUGGAGAUGAUAGUACAUCAUAUCUAUAAAAUAUUAUUAUUAAAAAUAACGAUAAAAUAAAUGAUGAACUAUUCACAUUUUACAAACAUUAAAGUAGUGUCCCUAUAAAUUUUUAGAAUGAAUUUUCAAGAUAUGCUGAAUUAAGAUAAUUCAGAAGUGGAGGACUAAUUAACUUUAAAAUAUAUAUUGUAGAUGAGUAAAAUAGAUUACUAAGCUUCUAAAAAGAUAAACUAAUACUAGGCCUAUACCCAAAAGAUAUAGCUUAAGAGCUAAAUAAUAUUUAAAUUUCUAUUUUUUAGCUCAGUUAAAACGAAAGCUAAAUGUUUGGAUAAAAUAUUAUUAAUUACAAUGAAUAUGAUUCUUAAGAAUUCGCUUUUAAAAUUAACGAUUUAAAGAUUACUGGAAACCUAAAUAAAAUUCAAUUCUUUUAUAUAAAUUCAACUAUUCAAACAAACUCAAUUACUAAAAAACCAAUUCUCUUAUCAAUUGAAUUCAGAAACUGCAAAAUAGGGGAAAUUAUUUAAUAAAUAAAUACCAAUAUUUAUUAAUGCAAUCAAUGCUUGGAAGGUACUUAUCAGAUAAAAGAUCCACAGACACUCUAUAGAUAAUCUAUAGAAGAAAAGAAAGAUAUAAAUUAAUGUAUUAACUGUCCUCAAUCUGCUAUAAGUUGUAAAGGAGAUAUAAUAUUAUUAAAAAAUGGUUUUUGGAGGCAAAGUAGUUAUACAGAUGAAAUAAUAGAAUGUGAUCCUAUUAUAAAUUCAUGUCAAGCAGAAAAUCCAAAUAGUAUUAAUUACUGCAUAACUGGCUAUUUAGGACCAAUUUGCUAGUAGUGUGAUAUUUUAGGAGAAAUAUGGAAAGGUUCCCGAUAUUCAGAAUCUCUCAAGAGAGGAGUUUGUGGUAUUUGUGAAUCACAGCUUAAAUAAUGGGUUUAUAUGAUUUUAAAAAUCGUAAUUUUAGAAGCUUACUUCUUGUAUGUUUUGGGAGUUUUCAUCAAAAAGUUCUAAUACACUCAAACAUGUUAUUAUUUGAGAAUGUGGAAGAUUAUGCCAAUUAGUAGCAGUAGCAUAUAAGACUAUUCUGGAUUCUACAUUAAAAUUAUUCUAAACUAUUAUUAAUUAUCUGCUCUUUUAAUUCCCUAACCAAAGACUAUUUCAAUCAAUUUAAAUUUGUUUAAUGACAUAAUUGGUUCAGGUGGUAUUCAAAUUUCUUUAGGAAUAGAUUGUCUGAUGAGUGAAUAAAAUAUUAGAAGUUUAGUGAGCCAGAUAUCAUAUUUUACUAAAUCUCUGACUUGCAAUUAAGUAGGAACAUAACUUUAUAACCCAAUAGAUCCUUCAUUUGAUUGCUAUGAUACAAAUGUAAUUAAAUAUUUAUACCCUUUCUCUAUUAUGGUGUUAAUUUUUUGGAGUCUCCUUCCUUUAGUAUUUCUUAAGAGGAUUAACUAAAACAAGAAUAAAUUAGAUCAAUGCUUAAUUAAAUAUAAGUACGGUUAUUACUACGGAGAACUAAAGCCCAAAUAUUACUAUUGGGAAUUUGUUAGAAUUUAUUUAAAGAUUAUUAUUAUUUACCUAUACACUCUUUUAAAUAAUUAUAACUCGAUUAUUGCUAUCAUAACAAUUAGUGCUAAAACAUAAUUAGAAAUGCGUGAAAAAUAAUAACUCAAGUAAAGAAAAACCAACCCUAAAAAAAAGGUUAUAAAAGAAGCUAAUAAUAAGAUUUACAAGUAAUUGAGCAUGGGCAUGGACAGCUCUCAGUAAGUACUCAUAAGAGAUUAAAUAUAAAAACCUCAAUUAAUUAACUGA